AUGUUUCAGAAGAUACCGCAUCCGUUAACCCGCUUAGUAUCAUGCUACCAAGACAAGUUUCGAAAUGGAUCGAAUUUUCCCGAAAGGAAGAAAAAAGUCUUGGAGGAGUUCUUGUUUCCGGCGCUUCUAAGCAACGGUUUGGUUUUCAAGUCUCAACAUUCCACCGCCUGGAAAAAUUUCCUAGACAAGACGAAGAGGUCGGUGACAACGCUUAACGCCAAGGACAAGCGACUGCGUUCGAGUGUGACUUUUACGGAAUUUCUAAACCACGUUGUCCACACGUUCGAAGAAGGUCGCAUCAACAGGCACUGGAGAACCUACGGCCUCCUGUGUUCGCCUUGCUUCUUCGACUACGAGUACAUAGUCAAGACAGAAACGCAAGACCAGGACUUGGUAUAUUUGUUCAGCAGAUUUGGCUUCCCUUCAGAUCCACAUCAGGCAGUAAAAGUCAGAGAAGAUAUUAAUAGAAAAACUGAGAAUGAUUUAAGAAAGGGUAAACUGUCAUUGGCGUCACUGCUGCUGCUUACCAGCCUCAAACCUUAUUUCAAACCCCGACUUUUCACCUUUAGCACGAGCGACACGACACAGAUUUCACUUCACAUGAAUGUUUACAUUCUCUUCAAUUCUUCUGCCGCGCGAGUUCCUCAUGACCCCUCCAAAGGACUACAUUGCUAG